AAGCUGGGUGGCUCGCUUCUGAUGUACCAAAAAAAAAAAAACAAAGAAGAAAAAGAACACUCUCCUUCAUUUCUUUCUCGUUCUGGAUGAAAGUUGCUUUACUCGUUCACCAAAAUAUUGCACCCAAAAGUGGUGAAUUAGGCAAUUUUCGUGACCUGCACAAAAUCUGGGGUACACAUUCUGGAUGAGCGUGAUCCUCUUAACCUUGCUUCAAUUCCUUCUUCUGUUCAACAAUCAUCAUAAAGAUCUCCUUCCUCCUGUCCACAAUCUGCUCCUCCAGAAUUUUCAUUAUGCGUUUUGUGCCCCAGAUUUUGUGCAGUCACGGAAAUAGCCUAAUUUAUGCAAGGUUCACAGCACGGAAUCAGAAGUUUGGAUGGAAGUGUCAAAGAAAGAGUCUUAAAAGGCUGACGGCCUUCUUUUCAAGCUAAGGAGACUUAUCUGAGGCCAAAUUCACUAUAUUUUACCUUUUCUGAUAGGAGUAGAAAGGUAGUUUUAGGAUCCUUGAGUAAUCUCAUGAUUUAAUUCUUAUAUGGGUUAGAGUACCCCUUGUACUCCCUUUAAUAAGAAGAUUUUACUUUGCCUUUCAAAAAACAAAUGAUUGUUUCAGGAACUAGCUUGGUUUCAAUUAAUUAAUGUCACAUAUAUUUAAGUAUUUUAGCUUGAGAGGUGACUCAGAUAGCUUGAUGUAACCGUGUGGGAUUGGGAGCGGAAUUUUCUCAACUUCAUGUGAUUUGACAUGGUUUCCAUAAGCCAAAUGUUUUUGCAGUGCCUUGUAGCUUGCAGACUUGGAUGGAGAUUCCUUACUGCUGCAAUAUUGUGGUGGUUUUAUGAUAUAUGAUGAAUAAAUUGUCCUUGGAAGGAUUCAUGUUCAUAUCUGAGGAAAAUGGAAGUGACAGAGAUGAUUUGGUUGGUGAAGAGGAGCCUUGCAGUUCUGGUAUACUGUAUGAGACAUUUUCCUCUCAUGGUUUGCUGUGAAUGGACAAAGACAGAGGAACUGGCUACCAUGCGCAGGGAUCAUAUUUGCUGCCUUGGCAACACUUAAGAAGAGUUUGGGGAUCAAUGUUUCUGUUUUGUGAUUGAGAUCAGCAAUGUGGAACUUGCUUCAUCCACCUUUACAGAUUGAAUGCCAGCUUAAAUGCUGCAAAUGCGGCCAUGACUGAGCAGUCAUUCUUUAUGAUAAUGUGAAGCCCAUGAAUCAGAUUUUCAGACCAUUCUAUCUAAAGGGCAAUUCAGGGCAUAUAUGCGAGAUCCCCUCCUAGGAUGAACUUCAAUAGCAACUAUGGGGUAGUUGGGAAUUGUUACCCAUGGCUAAAGCCUGACAUAUGGUAUACAAUGCAGCGAGUGGUAGGGUAGACUGUUCUUUAAUACUUUGUUGUAGGCUUUUGUUAAUUAUCUAGCAAUAAUUUCUCACUAAUUCCAUUCAUAUUACUCAAGUAGUAGAUUAGUCACUAAGGGAAUUUGCUCCCUAAUCCUCACCUUGUUUACCAAAGUUUGAUUCCUUAUGGAAACCAAUAGAGAGGUCAUUCUUCA